UGUAAUAAUAAGGGUGUAAGUGUCACAGGUGAACACAGUUGUGUCCGAUCAUUGGGGUGGAGAAGCAGAUCAAGAAGAUCAAAAGCAAAUGGGUCUUCAUGCUCCUUGUAUAUCCACAGCAUUAUAGUGUUGUCUGGAAAAAAUGGCAGUCUUCUCACCCAACACUUUACUCUUCCCGUCUCUUUCCUCUCGGCCAGUUCAAUUCCCUUCUCAUCCUUCCGUCAAAUCUCCCCGUCGCCGGCGGUUCUCAGCCUCGGCCGCCUCUUCUUCCUCCUCUAGCUCAUUACCUCCUAUGGAAGGCCGGAGUAAGUUCAUGGACUUCCCCCACGUGUCCGCCCCGCACAGGUCCCUGAUGUUCGAUCUCCUGUCGGCGGUGGAGAAUCGCCUCGGGACCCAGUUGGAGCCCUGCGCUCUGCCGCCGAACGUAGAGUACUACCAGAACCAAGCAGGCAAUGCCCGCGGCUCUCUCUACGUCCGGCGCGGCCAGAGCUCCUCUCCGGUCGAUUUCGUGUUAGGAAGUUGGCUGAACUGUCAGCUCCCGACAGGAGGAGCGCUGAACAUCACGAGCCUCUCGGCCUACCUUAAAACUUCGACCGACGCCCCGAACUUCCUGUUCGAGCUCAUACGGAAUGGGCCGACGUCGCUCGUCAUGAUCCUCGACCUAACUCCGCGAAAGGACCUCGUCAUGUUCCCCGACUACCUUAAAACGUUCUACGAGGACACCCAAUUGGAUUCCCACAGACAGGCUCUCGAGAAACUCCCCGAGGCCCAGCCUUACUUCUCCUCGGCACUCUACAUUCGAUCGGUGGUCUCUCCAACUGCCAUAAUGCUCAAGAUCGAUGCAGGAGGCGAAGACCGGUUGGAAGAGAUCAUCGACAGUCAGCUGCCUACCAUCUCAAAAGCAGUUCUGGAGAUCUGGCUGGAUAAGUGCGCGUACGGGGAGGAGAGAGGUGUGGACGAGGCCGACAGGGCUUACUUGGAGAAGAGGGACAAUGUGGUUAAGAGGAAGACUAUCGACAUCGACUUGGCAUCAAACUUCCCGAGGCUAUUCGGUCCAGAAAUCGCUGGAAGGGUCAUAGAAGUCUUAAGGGAGGUCUAUGCAGUGUGAUCUGUGAAGCUAUCAAAGGCAUUUCUUCGGGACAGGGAAGUUCUGUAGAUCAUGCAUGAUCUUUCAUCGAAUGCAUUUCGCACCCGAUCUGCAGCAUAAGUUUACAGCACGUAGGUCUUUUCUGUUCUAAGAGUUUGGAAGAUCAUGGGCAACAUGAACCGAGUGUGACUUGUACUAAGCAAAACAUGUUACUACGCUAAGGAAAGAGGUGAUUGCUUUCAAUA